GAGUGUGUGCAGGGCCUGUUUGAGGUCAACCAGAUCGCAUUCUUUUUAUUCAUAGCCUUUUACAUGAGAAUGGAUGAAAUGAUCCCAUUAUUAUUCAGCAAUAAACUGGCCGAUGCAAAGAGCAAUGUGAUCCUCCCGCCUGGCUCCAGAUCAGCUCUCCUCAUAUUUAAGUAUUGAGUGGAGGAGGAGAGAGUUGGGCAGAGCCUGAUGUUCACCCUCACUGGCAAACAUGGGCAACAAGCAGACCGUCUUCACAGCGCAGCAGCUUGAUGCAUAUCAGGACUGCACCUUUUUCACAAGGAAGGAGAUCCUGAGAUUGUUCCACCGCUAUCGAGACCUGGCUCCUCAGCUAGUGCCACUCGAUUAUAAGGACAAUCCAGAUGUGAAGAUCCCUUAUGAAUUGAUUGGCAACAUGCCUGAGCUGAAGGACAAUCCCUUUCGCCAGAGGAUUGCAGAGGUGUUCUCCCAGGACAACGAGGGCAACAUGACUCUGGAUGACUUUCUGGAUAUGUUCUCUGUGCUGAGUGAAAUGGCUCCACGUGACCUGAAGGCAUGUUAUGCAUUUAAGAUUUACGAUUUUAACGAUGACAACUUUAUCUGUAAAUCGGAUCUGGAGAAGACGUUGGUCAAACUGACUCGCAAUGAGCUGACACCCGACGAGGUGCGGCUGGUGUGUGACAAGGUUCUGGGGGAAGCCGAUCUGGACAAUGAUGGCAAGUUAUCACUGGAGGAUUUCCAGCACAUGAUUGUACGAUCCCCUGACUUUCUCAGCACUUUCCACAUACGAAUCUGAGCAAUGCCAGUCACAGCAAUCCACACAGGAACACAAACAUCAAGAGAAUAACAUCCCACUGGGCACUGACCUGCCACUUCCUCUGAAUACAAGCUUGUGUGUUUAUAUUCUCAUCCGAUUGGAGAGAAAUCACUCAAGUUUGUUUCUCCAUAUGUGUCACUUAUCACCAUAGUGUUGCAUUUCUCAUAUCUAAUUCCUAUGCAGUUUGAAUCUUUAUGUGUUAUUAACCACCCUAGUUAUAUUGUUCAAAUAUGUCAUAGUCAUACAGCAAAGAAACAGACUCCGUCCCCUCGGUCCAAUUCAAUUAUUUAUCUGGAUACUUGUUAAAUGUUGUGAGAGUCUCCACCUCCCUCACAGACUCUACAUUUCAGAAUUGAACACUCUCCGAGUGAGAAAAAUCUUCCUCAGAUCUAAAGGCCUUUCCCUUCUUAUCUUAAACUGUACCAUAAAGUGUUAGAUAACUCUGCUUUGGGGAGAGGUUUCCUGCCCCAUCUAUGCCCCAGAUAAUUUUGUAUCAGUUCUCCUAUCAGCCUUCUUCACCCCAACAAAAUAUUCUGGUGAGUCUCCUCUGCACCCUCUCCAGUGUAAUCACAUUCUUCCUGCACUGCAAUACUCCAGCUGUAGCCUGACCAAUGUUUUAUAAAGUUGUAAACAGUACAUCCUGCUCUUAUAAUUAAGGCAAGCUUUCUUUAUGCCUUCUUCACUAGCCCUGCCCACCUGUGCUGUGUUGCAGGGAUUACAGUGUCGAGGAGAGAUACAGCACGGAAACAGCCCCGUGGGUCUGUGUUGACCAUCAGCCACCCAUUAAUCUGACAUUAAUCACCCUUUUUCUCUCCACAUUCCUUGGACAUGUACACCUAGGUCCCUCUGUUCCUCCUUAUUAGAGCUACCCAAGUGCAUCACUCACAUUUACCAGGAUUAUAUCCACUGCCCAAUCCUCUGCCCCUCUUAACAGCUGAUCAGUAUCAUACUAUAAUUUAAGACUAUCCCAUAACACAUGCUAAAUUCAAUAGCAUGUAUACAUUCACUGGGGUGUCUAAUCACCACACACACUGAUUAUUCAUGUUACAUGGAGUUCUACUGACUGCUCCCUUAUUACAUAUAAUAGUACAUCACAGGAACACGACCAUGAUGCCAUCUGCCUGCACAUGAACCGCAUCCUUCCAUUUCCUGCCUGUUCACGUGUCUUUCUAAAAGCUUCUUAAAAGUUGCCACGACAUGCGUUUCCACUAUCUCCCCUCACAGUGCACUUCAGGCAUCUACCACACACUAUGUAAAAAAAUUAGCCUUGUAAAUCUCGUUAACAUUUUCCUCCUCUCACCUUAAUGCAAUGCUUUUGGUAAAUGACAUUUUCACCUUGGGAUAAAGACUGAC